GCCAGCUGUCAGUGUCCAUCAGUGCCAGCUCUCAGUGCUCAUCCAUGCGACCUGCCAGUGCCCAUCAGUUCCACAUUAGUGCUACAUUUCAGUGCCCAUCAGUGCCCUUUCAAUGCCACAUAUCAGUGCCCAUCUGAGCUGCCUUUCAGUGUCACCCAUCAGUGCCAGUCAGUGCCACCUAUCAAUGCCAGUCAUCAGUGCUGCCUAUCAGUGUGCAUCAGUGCUGCCUAUCAGUGCCCGUCAGUGCUGCCUAUCAGUGCCGCCUAACAGUGCCAGUCAGUGCCACCUAACAGUGCCAGUCAGUGCUGCCUAUCACUGUCAGUCAGUGCCGCCUAUCAG